AUGCCUCCAAGUGACUCAACUCCCCUGCUGGGGUCUUCAAGCAAUAUGGGCUAUUAUGCAAGCAUCGACGCAAGGCUAAGUGAACCCAUGCCCGAAGAACGUUCCAAGACAGCACCAGCACCCCCGACUAACGACGACUAUCUAGUCGACAUGGAGAGACUAACACUCUACCCUAGUCCCGACGCCAGAGCUUCUACCUGCAUUCAUCAAGAGAACCGUAACAUCUUCUUUUGUGACUAUUGUGUUCGACACAAGCUACCCCCUCCACAGGACGGGGAUCAUCGUGGUCUGUGGGAAAGGUGCAUGGAGAGUGAAGGAUCGCUAGCGGUUCUUGAGUCUAUGAUACGCUUUCAGAUGCGGCUUCUUAGUAUAUUGGUGCCUUUAGUGCUGGUGUUCAUUCUGGGAUGUAUACAAUUGGAGUUGGUUAGAUAG